AUGGCAUCAUCAGCAGGAAGCCCGGCGAGUCCCGACUGCGAAGCCUCAAGCUUGCCAACUGCUUGCCCCGGGCGCUCCUGGGAUUCAACGCGCUCACCACGCUCGUCUUGCGAGAUCCGCUCCCAUCGCGACUGCUUGAUUCGGGUGCUCGUGCAGUUCUUCCAAGGUGCCAUCACCGUGAACGAUCUGAUCUUGCGGUUUACUGGGCCUGAGAUGUGGAUCAUGCCGAAGAAUCCCUUCUCUGCAAUGUCGAACCUAAGAAGGCUGCUCGUCGCCGACGUGCCUUCCUCAUGGGACGCCUCAUGGCCGCGCCUGCUCAUCGAGGCGGCACCGUUACUUGAGAGCCUUUAUGUGCAUGUCUCCCACAGCGAAGGCGAGCCAAGACAGGAGGUGCCGGGGGAGACCUCGGCUUUGCGCCAUCACCAUUUGAAGGAGCUUGUUGUCAUUGGAUUCCAGAGGACGGAGAGGCAGAUGCGCCUUGUGAGGUUCGCCGUGGAGGUAUCCACGGCGCUGCGGCGUGUCGCUCUGCUCAAGCAGGGACGCGUCGAGGAGAAAGGGUCCUGA